ACUUAUACCCCUGCUUACUAUGGUGAUUGGACUGCGAUAGUUCGGAUAGACGGCCUGUCUAUGGAGCUCGGGAUAUGGGAUGUUAUAACGGGCUCUAUGGACGAGGCGCGUACACGUCCACUCAUCUAUCCCCACACCCAAGUCAUUCUCAUCUGCUUUGCUAUCAAUCGACGCGACACCUUGGCGAACGUACAAGAUAAAUGGUUCCCGGAGAUCGCUGCUGUUAGUACCUUUCCUCAGAUUCCUGUCAUUCUCGUUGGUUGCAAGAAAGAUUUGCGGGAACUGGCUCUGGACAUUCCGGCCAGUGUGUCAGAUGAACUUAUCAGUGAAGAAGAAGCAAACCGAAUGGCGCGAAAUAUUGGAGCAAUUAAGUAUAUGGAGUGUAGUGCCAAGACCGGUGAGGGAGUGAAUCUGGUCUUUGACGAGGCUGCACGAGUAGCUUUAUGGCCACCCACCCCGUCGACUUCGAAACGUCGAGGGAUAGCGGCAAAAGCCCCGGGCCCCGGUUAUUCGACAAAACAACUAGGGUCUCUUGCCGCCGCCCUUGUUAUCCCGAAUAACAACCCAUCCCUGGGCGCUCAUACAUCUAUCUAUACAACAUCACCUCACUAA